AUCCGAUUUCCAUCGCUACCAUUGUUUGCAACCAUUUGCAGCCAAUCGGGAAUGUUUAUUGCGUGUUGAUCUCGGUAUCAUCACAAUGAGCGUAUGCAGGACGAUGGCUGGACGACUAUUACAACAACUCAAGAGGCUGAAGUUCAUGUGGUAUAUAUCUGAGGUCGCCUUAAGGUCUGUGUCAUGUUCUUUCUCAUCCACUCAAGGACCACAGGAGUAAGCUUUGAUACCUGCACGUUCCCCAGACCGUACAAAGCACCAUCUGAGAUCAGCCCCUUGUGUUCUAUACUUUCGUUCCGAGAUUCCAGGAUGCAUUCUCGAACCAUCUCUGUCAUUGCGGUCGCCGCUCUUUCUUGUUUGCCGUUGUCCUCUGCUCUGCCCAGACCACAGAUACCUGAAGGCUCCGUCGACUGUCUUCUAGAAUGCCUGAGCUCUUCUCCGUACCCUGGAUCUACGAACGUGUGCGAUCCAAGCUUCAAUGCCACCAUCAGCUCCUGCAUCCUCUCCACAUGCGAUACAGAGUCCAUUCCAGUUUCCUUCGGUAUCUUGGGUGAUUAUUGCCAGCAUCCCCAAAACACUUCUGCCCCCAUCCCACCAUAUGGAAACUUUACAAAGCCUUGUGCCAACCUCACCACGAGCACCCUCACACCCGUUUCGAGUAGCACCGCUGUGUGGAAUGACUGGACCACGAGUUCGACCUCGAGCUUGACAACAACUAGCUCCUCGAGGACCACUACUACUACUAGCACUAGCACGACUUCCACGACAACAACGACAACGAGUUCAGUCUUAAGCAGUACAACUCCUUCUUCGGUCCAAUGGGGUGAUUGGAAUGCCACUUCAACUACCUCCACCACCACCUCAAUGACUCCAAGCACCACGACAACUCCAUCCACUACUUGGGGAACCACUACCAUUUCCAGCACACCUGUGUCUUCUACAAGCACUACUCUCACCCAGAUGUGGGCCGACUGGAACACAACAACCUCUUCCACCACCUCUAGCACCACUUCAACAACAACCACUACUACAACCACGACGACAACCACCACCACUCCUGUAGCCACGACUACAACCACAACGACACCAUGGUUGACAACGACUCCAACUCCUGUUUCUCCUGCCAGCACUACACCCACACAAUGGGCAGAUUGGAACACAACAACGACUACAACCACCACUACCAGCAGCACCACCACCACCACCACUACUCCUGCGGCCACGACUACAACCACGACUCCAGUAUGGACGACAACCUCUCCAAGUCCUGUUUCUCCUGCUAGCACUACUCCCACGCAAUGGGCUGAUUGGAACUCGACUACUACUUCCACAACCAGCUCUCUUUUGACGACCACCAGCGCUACCACCACUUCGACUACCACCUCCACUACAACCAGCUCAACCACUACUACAACAACCACUUCGUUGUCGACUACUACAGGCUGGCAAGAUUGGAACGCGACUACUUUGUCCACUACCACUUCGUCGUCGACAACCACUUCCAGCUCGACAACACCCUCUACGACGAGCACUUCUCGUCUGAGCAUAUCAAGUACCUCAUCAUCCUCGACCACCUCCAGUAGCUCUUGGACAGUCGCCUCCAGCUCGGCGACCCUUACGGUUCCUGCUGCGCCGGCGGCCACAUUCACCGGCGCUGCCAGUCGCCUUGGCUUUGGAGCCGGUGCUCUGAUUGGCGCUUUCGUGGCCGUUGCUGCACUGAUCUAGAACGAGGUGAACAACCUUAUGCAGAUCGUGGG